AUGUUUGGUUGAAAAACGGUGGAGCCGCUCCCGCAGAGGAUCCGGAACGAGACCGCUCGAACCCCGCGGCCCAUCACCGCCCGCCCCUCUCCCCUCUGCAGCUCGCAGGAGAAAUUUGGCUGGAGGAACGAAGGCAGCGUACACGCCUCGGAAGAUGGAUAAGAAGCAGCAACUUUUCAUUUAUAGCUACUGCAACUCUGCUUGCAACUCCGUCUAGGUCGCCCCUACCCCAAGGCCCCAACCCCACCCCGACCUCUCUUCUUCGGCGAGACAAUCCCCACGCAACCGCGCACCGGGAGCCGGAACAAGCGGAGGGGGAGAAAAAUCUGCGCUCGUCCGCCUCGCCUCGCCUCGCCAGUGUGCUCGCCUACUUAUACACUCCGCUCGCUCGCUCCCUCCAUCCCUUGGCUACUCGGCCUUGCUUCCUUCCCCUCUCCCACACCUCCCGGCUCCGGCUCCGGUCCACACACACAGCCGCGAGCCGGCGACGACGGGGCGAGCCCUUUGCCAGGUCUUCGCCGAGCGCUUCGUCGGCGACGAGCAUCCUCGACAGGAACCCCAAUAAGUUUACUGCUUCCAUCAAGUGAGGAACUGCCUGUCUCCGAGAACUUAAUUGCUCCUGAUCUUCCGUGGCACAAGCAUCGUCUGAGAAAAUGCCACCAGUUUAUCUUUACAUCCCUAAUAUUAUUGGGUAUUUCAGGAUCAUCAUAAAUUUCAUAGCUUUUGCUGUUUGCUAUUCCAACAAGGCACUCUUUGCUAUCCUUUACUUCAUCAGUUUUGUCCUUGACGGCGUGGAUGGCUGGUUUGCACGGAAGUUUAAUCAAGCAUCAACAUUUGGAGCUGUGUUGGACAUGGUUACAGAUAGGGUUAGCACUGCUUGCUUGCUGGCCCUUCUCUCCCAAUUUUACAGGCCUGGCUUGGUCUUUUUGAUACUGCUUGGGUUGGAUAUUACAAGCCACUGGUUUCAAAUGUACAGUUCUUUCUUGUCAGGUAAGACUAGCCACAAGGAUGUAAAGCACACAGGCAAUUGGCUUCUGAAAUUAUAUUACGGGUACAGGCCAUUCAUGGCCUUCUGUUGUGUUUCUUGUGAGGUUUUAUAUAUUAUCCUCUUUCUCUUUGCUGAUGACAAGUCGACAAGCUUGCUUAGUGUAUGCGGAGGUAUCCUGAAUCAAAGCCCCCUCAUUGUCUUGAUGUUUGUUUCCACUCUAAUUGGCUGGGCAGUGAAACAAGUUACCAAUAUCAUUCAGAUGAAAACUGCUGCAAACGCAUGUGUCGUGUAUGAUCUGAAGCGCAGCAAGUAAAGCGUGAAGGCACCCGUUUUGUUCAGUUUGUAUUGAUAUUAUCCAAGGAAAAAUCCCUUGAGGCUUGUACACCAUGAUUCAUACAUACAGUGGCUACUUCUUGUGUGCCUUGACAUCUUUCUGACUAUGCUUAUCCGUUGGGAUGAGAUGGCAACUUGCUGUGGGAAGAACAUAAAGAAAACAGAGGAGAUAAACGUUUUUCGGAGAAAGCAGAGGCUGUUAAGUUGUUUGUCAGUGUUUGUUCACUAUAGUUGGAUGCAGUGUUUGUUCACUAUAGUUGGAUGCAGAGCAUGACCUUUGUUUGGUGGAGUAGACUUUUGAGUUGAUCUGAACGAUGUUUACAAGCUGCAUUUUUCAGCGUCCAGGAAUAUAUGAAAUUUUAGAAUUGAAAACUUAUUUUUUC